AUGCUGAGAUCGUUUACUCGGGCGGUAGCUCGCCAGUCCGUGCGGGCUCGCGGGAUGCAAACCUUCACUUACGAGUCGCCAAAGACUCUGACGACUACCUUGCCUAAUGGUCUUACCGUGGCCUCUGAGGCCCAGCCAUCGGCCCAGACCGCUACCGUCGGAGUGUGGAUUGAUGCCGGCUCGCGCGCUGAGCACGAGUACAACAACGGCACGGCCCACUUCUUGGAGCACCUUUCGUUCAAGGGUACCAAGUCGCGCACCCAGCAGCAGUUGGAGCUUGAGAUUGAGAACAUGGGUGGCCACCUGAAUGCCUACACCUCUCGCGAGAACACAGUGUUCUACGCCAAGGCUCUCAAACAGGACGUUCCCAAGACCGUUGAGCUGAUCAGCGACAUUCUGCAGAACUCCAAGCUGGAGGCCUCUGCCAUCGAGCGCGAGCGCGACGUCAUCCUUCGCGAGGCAGAGGAGGUCGACAAGCAGUACGAGGAGGUGUUGUUUGAUCACCUGCACUCUGUUGCUUUCCAGGGCCAGCCUCUUGGCCGUACUAUUCUCGGCCCCAAGGAGAACAUUUUGGACAUCUCCCAGGUCGAGCUCAAGGACUACAUCACCCGCAACUACCUUGCUAACCGCAUGGUUCUCGUGGGCACUGGCGCCAUCGAGCACCAGGAGCUUGUCAAGCUCGCCGAGCAGCACUUUGGCAAGCUGCCCUCUGGUCCCAAUGUGGAGGUCGGUGCUGGCUCUGUUCGUCCCGGCGACGUCUCCAGCUUUGUCGGCUCCGAGGUCCGCAUCCGCGACGACACUCUGCCCCAGGCUCACAUUGCUCUUGCUGUCGAGGGUGUCUCUUGGAGCUCCCCUGACUACUAUGCUGCCUUGGUUUCGCAGGCUAUUGUCGGCAGCUGGGACCGCAUGUCCUCGGUUGCUAACAACCAGGGCUCCAAGUUGGCUUCGAUUGUUGCCCAGAACCACCUUGCCAACUCCUUCAUGUCUUUCAGCACCUCCUACUCUGACACUGGUCUCUGGGGUAUCUACCUUGUGUCUGAAAACGUCGACAACCUCGACGACCUCGUCCACUUCACUCUCAAGCAGUGGAACCGCCUGUCUGUGUCCGUGACUGAUGCUGAGGUCGAGCGGGCCAAGUCUCAGCUCAAGGCCUCUCUGUUGCUUUCUCUUGACGGCUCCACCGCCACUGCCGAGGACAUUGGCCGCCAGCUGGUCACCACCGGCCGCCGCCAGUCUCCCGAGGAGGUCGAGCGCGCCAUCAACGCCAUCACCGUCAAGGAUGUUAAGAAGUUCGCCGACCAGUAUAUCUGGGACCGCGAUCUCGCCAUCGCCGCCAUGGGCCCCAUUGGCGAGCUCCCCGAUUACUUGCGUAUCCGUAACGAUAUGACCAUGAACCGGUGGUAA